GUGUGUGUGUGUGUGUGUGUGUGUGUGUGUGUGUGUGUGUACGCGCGCGCGCGCGAGUUUCGGGUGGGGGUAUGGCACACAGCUUCCUCUGGUGUCACUGUAAAUCCGCAGUGGAGGGUUGACAGCUUGUUGCUAUCUUUUUAGAGAUAAGAGUGUGACUGGACUAGAGAUGGCUCUGCUAAUGGAGCACCAGUUCAGACAGCUGCCAGCUGACAGACAGGUGGAAACAAGACCGUUUCUGGAGGCUGUGUCAUACCUUCCACCGUUUUUUGACUGCCUUGGUUCUACUAUUUUUGCACCAAUAAAGGCAGAUAUAGCUGGUAACAUCACAAAAAUCAAGGCGGUUUUUGAUACUAACCCAGGGCGGUUCAAGACACUCCAGCAGAUUGUGGAGGCAGAGAAGGAAAUGCAUGGAGCAGAAUGGCCCAAAGCUGGUGCAACGUUGGCACUUAUGUGGCUAAAAAGGGGUCUACGAUUUAUUCAAGUGUUCCUACAGAGCCUAGUGGAUGGUGAAAAGGAUGAUAGCAACCCAAACCUCAUUCGAGUCAAUGUCAACAAGGCCUAUGAAAUAGCCCUGAAAAGAUAUCAUGGCUGGUUUGUGCAACAGCUCUUCAAGGCAGCUCUUUACGCUGCUCCAUAUAAGACGGAUUUCUUGAAGGCCCUUUCCAAGGGUCGGGACGUCAAGGAAGAGGAAUGCUUGGAAAAAAUCAGAAAAUUUCUCAUCAACUUCACUCCCACUGUUGAUGCUAUUUAUGAUAUGUACAAUAAGCUGAAUGCCGAUCUUGAUUAUACAGUGUGACUGCAGGAAAUUCCUCUUUCCUCCAGUGAUCCACUUACAAAGUACAAAGUCAUUUACAUUCUGCAGUCUACAUUUUGAUAUGGUUCCCUUCAGGUCAUCAGACAGCUCACUGUGGGAGUGUAUUUAUAAUACUCUGUCGUUACACAUCAAAUAUUUGUGUCAUCUGUGUGCCUGUUCUGGCUUUCUCAUUACACCUUUUCCUCACUGUCGUUUGACUCUGAGGCAAGUUUCCCAAAGCAGCUGCAGAUUUAAACUCA